ACAAGGUGAAAUAUCUACUUUUUGGAUGUAAUUUUUCCAUUGCAAAAUGUAAAAAAUGUUGAGCGCAUUUCCGGAUAUAGUGUUUCAGCACUUAGGAGUUGGACAGCAAUGCUCUACAACACACUGAUAUUUGAAAAUAAGUCUUUUGGAUGGGCUUUAGAGAAACAGACGAUGAAGCAAACUGUCUGUCUGUCGGAUCUUGUUCUUUACCCAUGAUACUCCAUGUAGACGUUAUUGUUUAAAUAUUUGUUCAUACAUUUUCAAAACAAAAGAGCUGUCAUAUUUGCAAAAAAUUUUUUUUAAAGGAUUAACACUUGCUUUAUCAGCUAACAUAUAUCUGUAUUCAAGCAUGCUGAUCGGCACCAUAAUAUAGGAAAGUGCUGAUGCUGUGUUUGUUUUAAACAAUUAAAAUUAUUUAUUUACUAAAACUGAGAAGAAAGAGGGAUUUUCUUUGUCAGAAUGUGUUAUAUUUCGUUUUGUGCGUAUUUGAUUUAUCGGUAUAAUGCUGUCUCAGCUCUGUUUGGUCUAAUUGAAGCAGCCCAUUUGAAAGCUCAGUUAGGCAGUGCAUGCUGUCGCUUUAAAUGGCUCGAUCUGACAGCUUCUCAUUGGCUGUUGGAAAGGGAUGGUGAGGACCAAUAGGAUUUUGAACAGUACAAAGCGAUAUAGUCCCUGCCCCCACGCAGACAGCGCGGUAACAGAGCGAAUUGAGCUCAGCGAGAGAGAGCAAUAAACAGAUAUUUUAUCCAGUUUAACAUGGUAUUCAUCUUAAAAUCACGAUCAGAAGGUGGAUUAUAUUGUAAAGGGAGAAGCAUUUUCUUCAAACAUGGAGUGAAGGUUGCUGUUAACCGGACUUUGAUGAAAAUCAACGUCAUUUAGUGAAUCAAGGAUGACAAAGAAAAAAGGAUAUCGGGACUGGAAAUGGCUGGCUCUUUGGUGGCAUCAUUUUUCCCUUUUUUGGAUUACAAUAGACGCACAGAAUCGUUACAGCAUCCCAGAGGAACUAAAGCAGGGAUCGAUGGUUGGAAAUCUUGCCAAAGAUCUAGGGUUGGGAUUAUCAGACAUUUUUGACCGUAAAAUGCGCCUCGCCUCUGAUGCUGGCGAGCGGUAUUUCAGCGUGGAUGUGGGGAAGGGCGAGCUGGUGGUGAACGACAGAAUAGACAGAGAAGCUUUAUGCGGACAAAGCGCCAGCUGCGUGCUUCCUCUGCAAGUAGUUGUCGAAAAUCCCCUUCAGUCUCACCGAAUUGAAGUGGAAAUAAGAGACAUCAAUGACAAUUCUCCGAGUUUUCCUACGCAGGAAAUCAACCUUAAAAUACCCGAAUCUGUUGUCGUCGGGAAACGCUUUCCUUUAGAAAGCGCAGAGGACUCUGAUGUUGGAAGCAAUUCAAUAAAAUCAUACACUCUGAGCAAAAACGAUUAUUUUUCUCUAAAGUUUAAAGAAACAAAGAAUGGUAAUGCUGUCCCAGAAUUAGUGUUAGAGAAGCCAUUAGACAGAGAAAAGAAUGCUUUACAUCAGGUGUUACUGACGGCAUUAGAUGGAGGAGCUCCUGCUAGAUCAGGAACAUGUAAAAUUGUAAUUACAGUUCUUGAUGCUAACGAUAAUUUUCCAGUUUUCAGCGAAAAUGAAUACAAGGUUUCCUUAAAGGAGAACAGCACAGAAGGGACGUUUGUUAUAAAAUUGGCGGCCACUGAUGCUGACGAUGGUCUUAAUAGUGAAGUAAAAUAUGUAUUUGGUUCUCGUACUCCUGAGUUUGUCACAUCAACAUUUGAAAUCAAUGAUAAAAGUGGGGAAAUGGUGUUAAGGGGGCCUUUAGAUUAUGAGACAACUAAAUCCUACCUUAUUGAUAUAACAGCUAAAGAUAAGGGAACACCAGAGAUGGAAGGACACUGUCGAGUGCAGGUUGAUAUAGAGGAUGUAAAUGAUAAUGCUCCAGAGAUUGUGCUCACUUCUAAGCCCAGUCCCGUGCGUGAGGACGCACCCAGUGGAACAGUUGUAGCUUUGAUCAGUGCACGCGACAGUGACUCGGGUGAAAAUGGGAAAGUGGUGUUACAUCUUCCAAAAAGUCUUCCUUUCACCCUGAAACCAUCAUUUUCUAAUAACUAUGAACUGCUGACAAACGGUCCUCUAGACCGAGAGAAAACCUUACAGUAUGAUAUUGAAGUAAGAGCUUUUGAUUCAGGUUCUCCUCGCCUUUCAAGUAGCAAAAUUAUAGCUGUCAGCAUCACUGAUGUAAAUGACAACCCUCCUAUUUUUACUCAGCCCUCCUAUAAUGUAUAUUUAAAAGAGAAUGGUGUUCCAGGAUCUAUACUUUAUUCAGUAUCAGCCUCUGAUCUGGAUUCUGGUGAAAAUGCAAAGCUCUCUUACUCCAUACUGGACUCUAAAGUGCAGGACGUGUCUGUCUCAUCUUAUGUUUACAUUAACUCAGAUAACGGGAGCAUCUACAGCAUGCACUCCUUUGACUAUGAGAAGCUGAAGGUGUUUCAGAUUCAGGUUCAGGCAAAGGACCAGGGCUCUCCGCCUCUCAGCAGCAACACUACUGUCCAUGUUUUUAUCCUGGACCAGAACGAUAAUGCCCCCGCUGUGAUUUACCCCUCCUCCGCUGCACUGGGCUCCUUCUCUCAUCAGAGGAUGCCCCGCUCUGCUAAAGCGGGCCACCUGGUUACUAAGGUGACUGCCGUGGAUGCUGACUCGGGCCAUAACGCCUGGAUCUCCUACAGACUGGCGGAGGCCACAGACGCCUCUCUGUUCACCGUCAAUCAGUACACAGGGGAGGUGAGGACUAAACGCUCUGUGUCCGAGCAGGACGACUCCUCUCAGAGGCUGCUGAUAGAGAUCAAGGACGACGGGGAACCGGUUCAGUCCGCCACCGCCACGGUGUCCAUCCUGCUGGAGGACGCUCUCCAUGAGCCCAUCUUAGACCUCCGACACAAAGUGCCCGAGCCCAGCAGGAAAACCGGCAGAAUCACUCUUUAUUUGAUUCUGUCUCUGGCCUCCGUGUCCGUGCUGUCUCUGGUGACUUUUCUCAUCUUAGCGGUGAAAUGCAUCAGGACCAGCAGAGGCAGCGGGAGCUGCUGCAUGAGACGGAGCAACUGUGAUGAUUACAAGAACCCCAACAGGAACCUGCAGAUCCAGCUCAACACAGAUGGACCUAUAAAGUACGUGGAGGUCCUGGGAGGAGACAUGAUGUCUCAGAGCCAGUCCUUCAGGUCCUGCAUGUCUCCAAUGUCAGAGUACAGUGAUUUCACUUUGAUCAAACCCAGCAGCACCACAGACUUUAAAGAAGUCAUCAGUGUUCUGGAUGCGUCUUUACCCGACAGCACCUGGACCUUUGAGAGCCAGCAGGUGAGCUAAAAGUGAACAUGUUAUAUUCAAGACUGUUUGAGUGCUGGAUUUGUACCGUUUCACUGCCAUAUUCAUGUUUUUAAUAAAUCUGAAUAAUAUAAUGGAAAUUUCAUCUCUUUUAGAUUAUUUUGUUAAAUAAAACUUAACAUAAAAACUUUGAUGAAAAACAUUAUCUAGAAAAUAUUACAAUGAUGGAUUAAUGCCGGUUUCUGUUUUUAACCUAUAGUGGUUUUUAAGGUUUGUUUUGUUUUUGUUUUUUGCAUUAAGAAUUCCUUCAUUGUCCCGCAAUGGGAUAAUUAGGGUGCGACAGGAGCAAACACACAGACGGUUACAAACGAUUAUUAGCAAUAAGGAAAAAAAUGAGAAGAAGCAAAAGAGCAAACCAGACUGAUCUAAAGUUAGCUCUAAAUAAACACCACUAGUACAAGAUAACGGUAAAAAAAAAAAAAAAAAAAAAAAAAAAAA